CACCCCUCUCCUCCUCCCCUCUCCUCCUCCCUCUCCUCUCACUCCUACACUGCUCUUCAAAGCGAGCCCUGUCCGUCCUCCGCCUACCUCCGUUCCUCCGUUCCUCCACCCCUCCCCUCCUCCGCCCCUCCCCUCCUCCACCCGACCCUUAUACUCCGCUCUCGUUGGCCUCGGAUUCCUACUUCAAACCGUUUCAGAAAGUGUCGGAUAGAUUUAGCAGCGAUCCGUCGAGCAGCCACAGGAAACAAAGACCUCAGCCUCCUACGAGGGGAAGGCAUCGCCGCCGCACAGAAAACAGGACAAAAAGGAAUAUUAUGUUGGAUAGCAAUAACAAAUAAGGGGAACGCUGGUUAUGGCUACAUCUCAGUGUUUCAGGCACGGAGGCGGAAACAUAUUCACCGAUCCACGCCUCCAGUGUGGGAUUAACAUCAGCCCUGUUAACCCCUAAUAACUGAACCCUCUCCAACCCGAUGCCUAAACUUAAACAGCUCUUACCAGAUGCCUAAACUUCACCAUUACUAACCUAAUACCCUAACCAAGCCCUCCGAAACGAAUUCCUAAACUAAACCAUCUCUAACCAGAUACCUGAACGAGAGAGAGAGAGAGAGAGAGAGAGAGAGAGGGAGAGGGAGAGGGAGAGGGAGAGAGAUGGAGAGAGAGAGAGAGAGCGCAAGCCUCACUCAUACCUAUUCUUUACAUGCAGUGGAAACAGUGCAGUAUAUUAAGUAUAGUACACAUUGUGUGUUCCACAGAGUUUCAAUCUUCCUUGCAGUAGAAUACAAAUAAUUUUGCAAGCCAGUGAUUGAAGGAAUUAAUUAAAGAGAAAUUUGCAGUAUUAAUGUUAUUUUAAUGUAUGCCGUUUGGAAUAAUAACAAAAAAUGUAUUGUGAUAUACUCUGUUUUGUCUCCGUGUACGUUGACGUCCCUCUCUUGCUGUCCCUUUAGCUUGUUGUUGUACGUGUGUGUUCCUAUAUAUGCAAAUGUAUGCGUUCGUCUGCUAAUGUUGUUAAUCAUGCGUGUCGGUAUCGCAAAGAAGGAGAGAGAUACAGAGAGACGGAGAGUGAGCGUGAUCGAGUCAGCACACAGUGUGUGUGUGUGUGUGUGUGUGUGUGUGUGCGGGGGGGGGGGGGGGGGGGUCUACAUAGAGGUCAGGAGGUCCCCAUGAGGGACCGGGCGAUCAGCCUAGGGCUAAUUACCAUCCGGAGCCGUCAGAGCACAGCCUGACCCUCCUGCUCUCCUCCUCUUCCUCCUCCUCUUCCUCAUUCUUCCUCCUUUCCCUCUCCACACUGUCCUCCUCUUCCUGCUCUUCCUCCUCCUCCUCCUCCUCCUCCUCCGGCUCUUCCUCGUAGAGGGGUGGGGCUAACUCUUCUUCUUCUUCUUCUUCUUCUUCUUCUUCUUCUUCUUCUUCUUCUUCUUCUUCUUCUUCUUCUUCUUCUUCUUCUCCAGUGACUCCCUGACUGGCUCGUUAAGCUCAUUAACGGUUGUCUCUUCCCGUUACUGGACUGAUCGGGCCGGUUUCAUUCUGUUAGCUCGUCUACUUCCUGUUUGCCGACCAGAUGUUUGUUGCGUCUGUUCCUCGUGUUUCUUUGUUCUUUCCUCCUCCCCUGUUUCUCUCUCUCUCUCCCUUUAUCUCCCUUUAUCUCUCUCUCUCUCUGGCUGCUCUAUAUUCCCUCUGCUGGGGUUAGCAUUCAUGGAUUGCUAUCUAUUUACUGGCGGCAGCCAAAGUGAAUCUAACAAUAUGCGCAGUAAUUGCAGUAGCAAAAACUGGUGUGGUGAAUGACAAUAGUGUAACUUCUUCAGUCGAAUGCUCUUCCCCUCUGUCCCUCUCUCUUUCACUCUCCCUCUCUCCUUAUCCCCUAAUCGAUGUUGUCCUUCUUCUCCAAGGUUUCUCUUCCUCCCUCUUCCUCCCUCUCUCUCUCUCUCUCUCUCUCUCUCUCUAGUUGUUCAUUCAGAGUGGGAUGGUUAGAUGCAUAGCGAUUAAACACACAUCUUUCUCUCUCCCUCCUCCCCUCGCUUUUGUCUUUGUGUGUCUUUCCCCUUCUGUGUGUGUUUGUGCCACUCUUUCAUCAUCUCUUUGUGCAUUUGUUUCUUUUCCACAUUUAUUUGUGUGUGUAUGUGUGCUUGUGUGUGUGUGUGUAUUUAUGUGUUGCCUGCAUGUGUGUGGGUUUCUCUAUCUAUUUCUCUGUCUCGUUCUGUGUUUGUGUGUGUGUCCUUCUCCAACUCUUUCUUUGCGUGUGUGUGUGUGUGUGUGUGUGUCUGUCUGCUUCUGUGUGUGUGCGUGUGUGUGUUUGUGUGUGUUUGUGUAUGUUUAUGUGUAUGUGUGUCUGUGUCUAUGUGCCUCUGUGUGUGUGUCUGUGUCUGUGUGUGUGUGUGUGUGUGUGCGUGUCUGUGUCUGUGUGUGUGUGUGUCUGUGUCUGUGUGUGUGUGUCUGUGUGUGUGUGUGUGUCUGUGUCUAUGUGUGUGUGUCUGUGUGUGUGUGUGUGUGUGUGUGCGUGUGUGUCUGUGUCUGUGUGUUUGUGUGUGUGUCUGUGUGUGUCUGUGUCUGUGUCUAUGUGUGUGUGUGUGUCUGUGUGUGUGUGCGUGUGUGUCUGUGUCUAUGUGUGUCUGUGUCUAUGUGUGUGUGUCUGUGUGUGUGUGUGUGUGUGUGUGUGCGUGUGUGUCUGUGUCUGUGUGUCUGUGUGUUUGUGUGUGUGUCUGUGUGCGUGUGUGUCUGUGUCUGUGUCUAUGUGUGUGUGUGUGUCUCUGUCUAUGUGUGUAUGUGUGUGUGUGUCUGUGUCUAUGUGUGUGUGUGUGUGUGUGUCUGUGUGUCUGUGUGUUUGCGUGUGUGUCUGUGUCUAUGUGUGUGUGUGUCUGUGUGUGUGCGUGUGUGUCUGUGUCUAUGUGUGUGUGUGUCUGUGUCUAUGUGUGUGUGUGUGUGUCUGUGUGUGUCUGUGUGUGUGUGCGUGUGUGUCUGUGUCUAUGUGUGUGUGUGUGUGUGUGUCUGUGUGUCUGUGUGUUUGCGUGUGUGUCUGUGUCUAUGUGUGUGUGUGUCUGUGUGUGUGCGUGUGUGUCUGUGUCUAUGUGUGUGUGUGUCUGUGUCUAUGUGUGUGUGUGUCUGUGUGUGUGUGUCUGUGUGUGUGCGUGUGUGUCUCCAGACUCUCCAGAUGGGGAUCCAGCACUUCUCGGGUCUCUUUGUGCUGCUAUGUAUGGGCGUGGGCGGAGCCUUGCUGACCCUGGCGGGAGAACACACCUUCUAUCACCUGGUCAUCCCCCGCCUCAGACGCACCAACACACUGACCUACUGGCUGCACACCAGCCAGAAAAUCCACCGAGCGAUCAACACUAACUACGAAGACGUGGGCAAGGAGCUGGCCGGCCUCGACCAGAACCCCUCCCCCUGCGUGUCGGACAACUGCACCCUCCACAGGAAGCAGAAGGCGGCGCGCGCCCCCUACUCCUGCCUGCCCCCCGCCGUGGCGGCCCCCCCCUCGCUGGGCGACUCCAACAGCAGCUCCUCCCCCUCCUCCCACGAGCCCAAGGAGAAGCGCGUGACCUUCGACCUGGAGACGCUCCACAGCUACCGGCUGCGCACGCACACCGCCUCGGUGCGCGGGCGGCCCGGCAUGGUGGGACGUCCCGGCCUGGGCCUGGGGGGGCUGGGCGGCCUGGGCCUGGGGGGCUUCUCCUCCGCCGCCGCCGCCGCCUCGCCCUCCUCCUCCUCGUCGGCCGCCUCCCCCCAGGUGCACGCCAACGGGGGGCCGGUGUCGGCGCUGAGCGGCUCCCCGGGCCUGGCGCUCUCGCCGCUCGGUAACCGCGCCAACCAGACCAGCCUGUGGGAGGGCGAGCUCCAGGAGCUCCAGGGGAAGAUUGAGCUGUUCCGCUGCCAGCUGCGCGAGGCGCUGGCCCGCCGCGCCGAGAUCCAGAGCAGCCUGGAGCGCGAGCGGGGCGGGCUGGGGCGCCGCGAGACCUCCCUGGAGCGGGAGCGCGACCGCCAGAGGAUACAGACGGUCUGCGCCCCCCAGGCCAGGCCCCCGGAGGGGGGGGGCGCGGCCCGGGCAGACGCUGAACAACGUGCAGGCGGGCGGGCGGCUGAGCACGGUCAACAGCCUGGACCGCGGGCGGCCCGCCCUCGCGCACACACUCAACGCUCUGGCCGAGAGAACGGUCCAAUUGCGCAUCUCUACCAGCCUGGAGCGAGGCCAGGCCAACCAACCGGGCGCCGGGAACGAGGGGGAGAGGGGGAGGACUGGCCAGUCACGGAACACGGCGAGCCUGGACCGACAGAAGGCGAACCUCGGGCGCACUGUGAACACUUUGGAUAGGACGAAAGCCAGCCAAUCGGGCGCGAGCAGUGGAACUUAACGGACUUGGGGAGAAAGGGGCGGGGUUUACAGGGACGCGUGCAGCAGACAAUAUGUGGUGUUGGAAGAGGUCAUAGGGCAGAGGUCAGAGGUCAAGGUAAUGUUAUACAUGCUCGUUUGGCUCACAAUACCACCAUUCGAUUUUACUUCAAAACCAUGCACUGCAAAUAUUAUAGAUAGUGUUAUCUCACCUUCAAAUGACCAUCCGAUUCAAAUUCAAAUAAUGAUCCACAACCCUUCCGAAAGAAACGUACUAAACUCUGAAAAGGUCAGAUCAGAUCCACGUCUUCAUACGUCAGUUCAAGAAGAAAGUCACAGCUAUCUAUCAACACUUCAAAAUGAUGUCAGCCCUUUUGGUUUAGCAGACGCACUGCCCAGUGUGAGGUCUAUCAUGGGGCGGGUUUGAAAAGGUGCCGGUACGAUGGUGAACCCCUAAAGAACCCAUCACCUCUGGCCGCCCGUUAGACGGACAGAAAGCCUUCUGGUCGGUCGAGCCGAGAGGAGGACUUGCUGUUGAGCUGUCUGAACAGCACAGGCAUUAAAGCAACGUCACAGCAAACACCGCUCAAAUAAUUCAGUUGACCUACAGAGUCCAGAGUUUCUGUCGAGGGGAUGGCCAGCAGCAACAUGUAUGACUAUAUUUUUUAAAACACAGAAUCAUAUUUUGUUACAGAUGAGAAGCUAACAUUGAUGUUUUGAUGUCACUCGAGGAAUAUUGUCAUGUGUGAGUUGUAGAGAGAGAAAUCUCAUUUAUUUUUUACAUUUGAUAGUGGCCAUACAGCGACUCGCAUUCAUUCAAUAUAUCUGGAACUAUAUUCAAGAAGGGUUCCCCAGAAAGGUCUAAUUAUGUAAACAGAGAUGUGGAUUUUGAUGUCUGUGGACAGGGUCUAGUGUCCUCAAACACUCAUCAACAAUCCAGCCACAGACAUAUUCUGACUGUGUUUGGCCUUUAACCCAUUCGUUCUUUUAUUUUUUUGCUCGUAUUCUAUGUCAUGUUUUAUUUAACUGUAUGCCUUCUGCGUUAAUUUUAUACAUUCUGAAUAUUCAUAACUAUGCUAUGAUAUUGAAAUAAAUUAUGAGGUUUUUUUUCAUAAUAAUCAAUUCAAACAAAUAACGCAUUUUAAUAUUUGGACCUCAGAGCGAUACAAAAUAUAUUUUUGUGAUCUGCAUUUUCAAAGUCGGUGGAUUAAAGCGUCCUGGGAAAAUAUGGCGAAAAAAUCUUUGCAAAAACGAUCACAGAGCAAAGGGUGUGAACGAUAAACCUUUAAUCUCGCCAACAGCGGACUUAAUAUCCGUGGAAGUCAACAAACACGUUGCUAUUUAAUGUAGACGACUUCAUCCCCCCCCCCAAAAAGGUCCGAUGUAUUUGCACAAAAGUCUGAGAUGUGAAGGGUGCUAUGUUGGUAAUGUUGUAAAUGUAAAAAUAAUUGAAUCUUGACUGUGUUGUAAAUGGUGGCGUGGACAUGGGAUGUUUAUGAGACAGAAACCUUAUGAAUCCAUAAAUAUAUAGCCUAUGAUGUCUUUUGGAGGGGCUUAUGGCAUAAGACAUAUAUAUAGAUAUACAUACAAAUACUUUUGAAUUAUUAUGAAUUGUAUCUGCAUAUUAUUGGAUUUAUGACAUUGAAUCAUUCUCAUGUUUUGAAAUAAACAUUUAUACACUGA